UUCGAGACUCGAGACACGCGCAAGUCGGAGUCGGAGUCAGUCGAAGUUGUUUCUAGCGCUACAGUCGUGGAACAGCUGUCAAAGCAAAAUGAUAGAAAAUUGUGUCAGAUAAGCGACAACGAGCACGAUGCGGAUAGAAUUAAUAAUCGCGCUAAUCGCUGGCGUGGUCACGGUACGAUGCAGCGACAUUACUCUAGCAGUCUUCGGGAACGUGCUCGACGGAAUGCCAGCCGCUUUCGGCGACUUCAAUUCCGACGAGCUGACCGACGUGUUCAUGCUACGUAAGAAUGGUACCACCGUCGAGAUCUUCUUGGCUGCGGAUCAGGAACCCCUUCUUAGGCCGAGUUCCAAUCUCAGUUGCACGUUCCGCAACAUCGUCGUCAGCGUGGUACCCGGAGACUUCGAUGGAGACGUAUUCAUGGAUGUUCUGGUAAUCACGUUUAACAAGAACACGAGGUUGUUCCAUGGUUACAUCUUGUGGGGUGGAAACGGCCAGUUGAAUUGCACGAACGAAGAUCGUCCGUUAAUAAACAUGACAGGACAGCCGUUGGCUCUCGAUUACAACGGGGACAUGAUAAUAGAUCUGUUCGGUUUGGACGAGGAGAAUCAGAGGACCUUUUGGGUGUUCAAUCAAACCAGGAUGGUGACCAAGAUACCGAUGAAAAUACCGCGAGAAUAUUCGCUGCCGAAGAUCAGUCAACCUCAUUCGAACGCUUAUCUCGAUUUGAACAACGACUUCGUGGCCGAUUUGGUUGUCACCACGAAUCACUACUUCGAGAUUUGGCUCGGCAACGAACAUGGAUUCCAGUUUGAACGCACCAUACAAUUCCCCUAUAACUUCUCCAAGGGAAGCAAUACCGUGAUCGGUCAGGCUCUCUACUUGGACGUGGAGCUGACGGGCAAGAUGAACCUGUUGCUGCCCCUCUGUUUCGACGCCGCGUGCACCAACAGUACAAUCAUGAUGUACUCCGAUAAAUGGUAUAACUUGCAGGUGAACUUCCGAGAUAGUGACAACGUGCUCUGGGGUUUCGUUCAGCCCGACGGGCAACGAUACACCGACACCAUCACUCUGCGCGGUGGCGAUUUUAAUAUGGACGGUUACCCAGAUAUACUGGCCACGCUGAGGUCGACCAGCGGUAAACAGAAACGAUCUUACCUACUGGCGAACGUCGCGUGCCAUACGUGCGCUGGAUUCACUCGGAAAUUCGAGGUGAAAUGGCAAGCGCUGAAUCCUUUCCACAACGAAACCGCGAUGGCGGUGUUUUACGAUUUCUACCAAGACGGUAUUCUGGACGUGAUUCUGGUAGAAGUGGAUAAAACCAAUAACAGCUAUCGCACGGCGGCAUUCAAGAACAGCUUAGAUUACGACGCGAACUUCGUGAAGGUGAUGGUACUGACGGGCCGGAAUAACAGCAUGUACCCGAUCUCUCCGGGCUCGCUUGGAAAGAAGAAGAGAACCUACGGAACUAAUCUUCCUGGUCCAUCGAUAGCAUACCGGACUACCACGCAGGAUGGCAGUCCCCGAAACGCGAUCGCAGCUCAGUUACCACAGAGCGCGCAUUUCUCUUUAAACUUGCCGUACACGACGUUCGGUUUAGGCAGGACACCUAAUUUCGUUGAUGGUCUCACCAUCGGGGUCGGUGGAAAAUCUCGGGAAUGGCCGCAAAUCAUUCCCAACUCCCAGAUGGUGGUGAUCCCAAAUCCAAUAGCUGAGCCUUGGCGAUGGAAAGCCCAGUUAUUCGUCACUCCUAGCAAAUUAAUUUUGUUGAGCGCGGCUGCGUUGACCGGCACCUGCGGCUUGAUCUCUUUAAUCAUCGUCGCUCUCUACUGGAAGGAGCGAAGGGAGGAUAAGAUCGAGAGGCUUCAGGAAGCACACAGGUUUCACUUCGACGCGAUGUAAAGGUACAAUUAAGUAUUCCAUUCAUAUAUUUAAGAAAUGUAUUUAAUAAUAGUUCUAUAAGUUAUUUUGUAAAUGACAAAUAAAAAUACUGAAACAAUAAAUUAAUAAAUAUACAGAAGAGUUUACGAGCGAA